AAUUACUCAGAAAUUAUUAUGUCAUUUCAUUAGGAUUUUAAUUUUUUCAACAAAUUGAAGUUAUUUUGCUUAAUUGUGUACUGCUGAUUAAAAUUAUUAAAAAUUCUGGUUGAAUUUGCAGAAUCAAAAUGCCAAACAAAGAAAUUCGAAGUGGAAAAGGAAAGGAUAAAUUGAAACCUUCUAUACGUUUUAAGCAGUUGGCUCUUAGUGCUUUAAUUAACCAACAAUGGUUAUCCGAUUUAAUAGACCAACAAAGAACAAAGAUACCGUUGUACCGCCCGAAAGUGGCAGGAAUACUUACAAACAAUGAAAAAAACAUUUUGCAUAAGUAUCGAGAACUCCGAAGCGAUUCAGAAAGAGAAUCUUUGGUAAAUCUAAUGGCCCAUCUCACGGUUUUUUCGCAAAUACCCCCAAAAUUACGAGCUCGCUUGGCACCGUAUGCAUAUUUCAUAAUUCUUGGCCCGAAACGAAAAAUAAUAGAACAGGGAAGAGAACCUGCGACGGUUUAUUUUGUGCUUACUGGCGACAUAACGGUGACCACGAAAAUAUGGAAUUCAGUAAAAAAUAAAUAUAUUGAAAGAUUGGAGUACUUGAGCGGACCCGGCGAAUGGUUAGGAGAGAUAGAUUUCCUUGAAAACCAAAAGAGACAACAAACAUUCACGAGUAAAUCGGAAGUGGAACUGCUUGCACUAGAUCGUGAGGACUUCGAACGAAUUUUGUUGCCUUACUUAAAAAAGACGUGGGAACACAAGAAAUCUGUAUUACGGUACCUUGGCUAUUUUGACUUCUUCACAAAUGAACAGAUAGUUUCUGCUUGCCAGCUAGCCUCCCUGCAACAAUUUGAGCCUUAUGAAACUAUUUACCAUGAAGAUAAAGGGCUGGAAACAUUUGUUUAUUUUGUUAUAAGCGGCACCUGUAUGGUUCUACAAUGCUUAGAAAUUAAGGUCGCUAUGACGCGAAAGUGGAAAAAAUUCGAACUUGUUGAUAUUGUCAAGAGUGAAGAUAUAUUCAGAAAUUUAAGCCUUGCAGAAAUUCGAAGCCAUAUGCGCGUAAAAUCCAUGUUUUCCUUUUCCACAAUAUCCAUUGUAGAAGAUGAAUCUCAGUCAGAUGAAGAUACGUAUAUUAGUGUUCAACAACAAAGAAAGAAAAUCAGAACAUUAGAAAAGCAGUGCGCACUUGGCAAUCCUGAUAAAAACUUUGAAUUGCCUUCAGAACUCGGGUCGUUGUCCUCUUUAAUAUCUUAUUCAACGCUUAAACCAGAAGGUCAUGAACAUAGUGAAAAUAGCAGAAGUGAGGAAAAUGGUGAAUUUCCCUUUUUGCCGGGUGAAGAAUCGUUAUGUUCUUAUGACUAUUUUUCGAAGAGCGAAUCGAAUAUUUAUACCAUUGGAAAUAGCCCAGGAAAGCAUACUACUGAAAAGAAAUUGAUGGAAACAAAAAUUGAGAAUCACUUCAUCGAUGUGGGAACGAUAAGCAAAGGUGGUAUUUUCGGACUUGGUGAGGCAAUGAAACAUCGUAUUAUAAUGGCCGAAACUAGGGUUCAGUGUUUAGUUAUACCGAGAUAUUGGUUAUUUCAAGAUGAACAAAAUCCAGCUAAUAUGUGGCAAAGAAAAAAGAUUCAAUUAGAUUUUACGUUACCAUCCAGAGAAGCUCUUUUCAGUUUGUUCCAAAAUUCACACAAAUGGCAGAAUUUUAAAAAAGGAAUUGUAUCUUCAUUUAGAACGUCUGAAACGAAACUACAAGAUAUUCCAAUAAUGGGCCGUAUUAUGUCGUGCGACCAAUAAAAUUAAACCAUGAUUUUAUACUAAUAAAUACAAAUCGUUUUAUAUGAGAUGUAAUAGUCCGAUUUUAUUCACCGACAUAUAUCCUGGACAAAUUUAAACACCGUAUAAAAACUGUGAUCAGUUCUGAAUCCAAAUAAAUAAAUAAAAACAUAAAUUAAUUUGAACAUUUCUUUUUUUUUUAAUAUUAUUCUUUAAUCUCAAUUAGAACACAACUUUAUUUUUUCAAAUAAAAAACGACUAAUCAAUAUAUAUUAAAAUUUGCAAACUAAUCCGAUUCAAGGACAUACCUAAGAUUUCGCAGUCCUGAUUUAAGUCUUUGGUAUCAUUGUUAGUGAAACUCCCGCUAAUGUUAAAGACAUCAUGACAAAAUGUCCGCU